AGCGAGAGAGACCGUUCACCGUGACAAUUUUAGACCUUUUGCGACCACAAGCGUUCAUUUGCUGAAAAAAUUGCGCUAGAAUUUGCGAAAACGGUAAAUAAUCGUAAGCGAAAGGCCAAAAAAGGCAUUUUCGUAGCACCUUGAAGCGUAAACCGCAAAAGAGAAGACAGACGCGCGUGCGAAAAAGCAGUGGGAUCGCCGGAAGCUUAAGAGCAGGACUUGCAGGAUACAACGACCGGAAGUAGAAGACCAGAGAGUCAAGCAUGUCCGGCAUCGCAAUCACACGUUUGGGCGAGGAGCGUAAGGCGUGGAGAAAGGAUCACCCCUUCGGCUUUGUGGCCCGUCCCGCCAAGAAUCCUGAUGGCACCCUUAACUUGAUGAUCUGGGAGUGUGCCAUCCCCGGCAAAAAGUCUACACCCUGGGAGGGCGGCCUUUACAAGCUGCGCAUGAUCUUCAAGGACGACUACCCUACCUCGCCGCCCAAGUGCAAGUUUGAGCCACCACUGUUCCACCCGAACGUUUAUCCCUCGGGCACCGUCUGUCUGUCGCUGCUCGACGAGGAGAAGGACUGGCGCCCAGCCAUCACCAUCAAGCAGAUCCUGCUGGGCAUCCAGGACCUGCUCAACGAGCCAAACAUCAAAGACCCGGCCCAGGCGGAGGCCUACACCAUCUACUGCCAGAACCGUCUGGAGUACGAGAAGCGAGUCCGCGCCCAGGCCCGCGCCAUGGCCGCCACCGAGUAGUCGGCGUCCUGCGCCUGGCUCCCCAUAGACAUUAAUAAACAAACACAUCUAGGCGGGAAGCGUUUUCGAGAAUGCUCUCCACAUCUAUUUACUUGUACUAAGUCUACCUUUUGAUUCGAGGCCCUGCACACAACUAUACACUCUAUUGAAAUUGCUUAGCUUCCAGCUAUACCAUUAAAUUCAAGAUAUGAAAAAAGA